GUGAGGCAGCCAGGCCUAGCAGGCCCCACGCCACCCGCCGCCGCCGCCGCUGCCUCUGGGGCCGCCGCUGCUGAGGGCCCACCAUGCUCCUGCCCAGGCCUGGAGACUGACCCUAAACCGGCACCAUCUCUCAGCUCCGCCCCCACCUGCCGGACCCCAGGGUCCCGCCCCGGCCCAGGAGGUCAGCCGGGGAAUCAUUAACUAGAGGCCGUGACAUGGCGGAGAAGGAGGGUGGCCGGACCGUGCCAUGCUGCUCUGGACCCAAGGUGGCAGCUCUCACUGUGGGGACCGUGCUGCUUCUGACAGGCAUCGGGGCAGCGUCCUGGGCCAUUGUGACCGUUCUACUCAGGAGUGAUCAGGAGCUGCUGUAUCCAGUGCAGGUCGGCCCGGCCGACGCUCGGCUCACGGUGUUUGACCAGACAGAGGGCACGUGGCGCCUGCUGUGCUCCUCGCGCUCCAACGCCAGGGUGGCGGGGCUCAGCUGCGAGGAGAUGGGCUUCCUCAGGGCGCUGGCCCACUCGGAGCUGGAUGUGCGGACGGCGGGCGCCAACGGCACGUCGGGCUUCUUCUGCGUGGACGAGGGGAGGCUGCUGCACGCCCGGAGGCUGCUCGAGGUCCUCUCCGUGUGCGACUGUCCCAGGGGUCGUUUCCUGGCUACCAUCUGCCAAGACUGUGGCCAUAGGAAGCUGCCCGUCGAUCGCAUCGUGGGCGGCCAGGACACCAGCUUGGGCAGGUGGCCAUGGCAAGUCAGUCUUCGCUACGAUGGAGCACACCUCUGUGGGGGGUCCCUGCUCUCCAGAGACUGGGUGCUGACAGCCGCCCACUGCUUCCCUGAGCGGAACCGGGUCCUGUCCCGAUGGCGAGUGUUUGCCGGUGCCGUGGCCCAGACCUCACCCCAUGGCGUGCAGCUGGGGGUGCAGGCAGUAAUCUACCACGGGGGCUAUCUCCCCUUUCGAGACCCCAACAGCGAGGAGAACAGUAAUGACAUUGCCCUGGUCCACCUCUCCAGCUCCCUGCCCCUCACAGAGUACAUCCAGCCCGUGUGCCUCCCGGCUGCUGGGCAGGCCCUAGUGGACGGCAAGAUCUGCACCGUGACUGGCUGGGGCAACACACAGUACUACGGCCAACAGGCGGGGGUACUCCAGGAGGCCCGAGUCCCCAUAAUCAGCAGUGAUGUCUGCAACGGCCCUGACUUCUACGGGAACCAGAUCAAACCCAAGAUGUUCUGUGCCGGCUAUCCUGAGGGUGGCAUUGAUGCCUGCCAGGGCGACAGCGGUGGCCCCUUCGUGUGUGAGGACAGCAUCUCUCGGACGCCACGUUGGCGGCUGUGUGGCAUCGUGAGCUGGGGCACCGGCUGCGCCCUGGCCCAGAAGCCAGGCGUCUACACCAAAGUCAGUGACUUCCGGGAGUGGAUCUUCCAGGCCAUAAAGGUGAAAUUUGGGCCCAGAUGGGAGCCAGAGGGUGGGAGGAUUUGGGACUCUGAGGGGGAAAGGGAGCCAGGGUUUUCCAGAAACCAACGCUCAGGCUUAGAAGAGGGUGCCCUAGGGAACGGAUAACCUUCAAAGGCCUCCUGGGGAGGGGAGUUCAGCUGUGGGACUUUGGGGGAAGCCUCUCAGACCUUGGAAGCCCCUAGUUGUCUUUCCCCAGACUCACUCCGAAGCCAGCGGCAUGGUGACCCAGCUCUGACCUGUGGCUUCUCGCUGUGCACGCCUGCAGGGCCCAAGCUGAUCUAGGUGGCUCCAGCCCCACAUGAUGGGGUUCACCCUGGGAUGGAACAUUUUUCUUCUUGGGCCCAGCCCACAGGUCCAAGGAUACCCUCCCUCCAAGGUCCUCCACAGUGGCGGGCCCACUCAGCCCUGGGACCACCCGAGCCUCACCCUUCUGACCCCCAUGUAAAUAUUGUUCUGUCGUCUGGGGAGUCCCAUCUAGUGCCCCUGAUGACAGGAUGCUCUUUAAAUAAUAAAGAUGGUUUUGAUUAA